AUGGACUUUGGCGCUGGCUCCAGCGCGAGCGCCGCACGACGCGCUCAGCCUCCGAAUGCCAUGGCACAGGCGGUUACCUAUACGACGAUGGCGACGGGAAGGAGUGCUCCAAAGCGAUCUUAUGCUGAUCAUGACAUGUCCCAGGCCUCAAUGAGCUCGUACGCCGCACAGACGUCAGACCAAGCCAGGAGUGGCUCGUCUAUGGCCAGCAGCAGCGUGUUAAACCCUCAUCGUCAUCAUCAUUCGCGAGCGAUCCCCAGUGCUGUUGGAGAUCAUUUGGAGAUGAACGACGACGCGCCGCCUGCGCGUCCAAAACGCCAGAGGCCCUCGGUGGUCUUAGGCUUGGGCCCUUUGUCUGCUGGUCCGUCUAUGCCGGCAGGUGGCUCUGUGCGCACCAAUCCUUUGACUUCAACCUCGACGAGUACUUCCAUGGCCCAUGUCGACCAGGACCACGCCCUCUGGAUGAGUCAAACUGACCGUCCUGAGCUCGAAUCGACCAAUGCCGCUCGCGCUUCCAAUGCGCAAUCCAGUCUGGGCACCGCUCGUGACUCUUUGUCACGCAUCUUAUCACACUCUCUCCUUGACUUCGAGGAUUCCUUUGAGCCCAUGGCCGAUUACAGGACAAAUCGCAUGUCCUGGUUUCCGGACGAUGCUGCCGCAAAUAAUACCAUUACCACAAACACCGAGCCAGGCUGGAAUCUGACGGCGCCUCUGCAAGAGUAUGCGCCGGACGUCUCGUCAACUCGACCUCGGUCUUCCAGGAGUUUGAGAUUGGAUACCGACGGAGCCAAUCAAUCGUAUAGUUCAUCCCUCUUAACAAGCGAGCUGCCACAGCCCAUGGAGAGGAUGACCAAUCCAGGCGCAAACCUUGCAAACAACCAGGCUCAAGAAUCCAGGCUGUUCUAUUCUCAAUCAGACUCUGAUAGUUCCAUCCCGUCUCCCAUGGAAUGGGCUCUUCACGAAGUUCGAUCCCAGCCAGCCCAAGCUAACACCAAUACCGAUACCUCGGCUGGUUCCUGGUGGCCAACUCAAUGGAGCUAUUCCGCAUCCCGCAAUCCGACGCUCGAGUCAUGGGAUCAAAAUCCGACUUCUCGACCUCAGUACUGGGACCUACCUGCUCUUCCGCCUGUCCCACCUCCACGACCGACACUAUCCAACGUGCAAGCUCGCAGCGUUCGUUUUCAAGAGGACGCACCGCGCCGCCUCCACAGUCCGCCACCUCCUCAAACGUCUAGCGGCUCUCGACUUUCGGGUAUACAGUCAUUGCUAGACCGAUAUACUCGUCGCACCAGUGGUGUUGGGGAAGGAAGCCGGGCUGGACUAUCCCACUCCCGCUCUGCCAGCGAAGGAUCACGCAACGUGGCGCAUGGCUCCGGUUCUGGAACUAGUGGCAAUAGGGACCUCAGAAACAGGCGAGCAGAGAGGGUCGAAUCUUGGGUAGAGACCUCACGGCCAUCUGGCCGCCCUGAAACCAUCGAGACACUCGAUCCAUUCCCGACGACAAACGGUUCAUUCUACGACCAUCCUUCAAUGAGGGACAUUGUGUCCAGCCAUAGCGAGAUCCGUGGGCCGAGGCAAGGAAGGGAACGAGGUGGAUCUGGGUUCUAUGACCACCCCAUCAUUCCCGCACCUAUCUUGCCGUCUCAGGAAGAUCUCAGUUCUCCGGUGGAGCAUUCGCAGCCCGCUCGUUCACGCGCUCAGCGGCCUGUUCCUCCUCGGCCUACAUGGAAUGCACUCCGACCACAGACACCUAUCGAUAUAUAUACGCGUCCAGAACCAAAUUCCUACUAUGGGAACCCAUUCCCGACACCUCCGCCCGUGCAAGAUUCCCCACCAGCUGCUCCCCACGAUCCAUUCGACUGGUCGACUGACCCGCGCCCUUGGACUCGUCCCCGAAGGGACGAAAGUCCUGACCAAGGAAGACUCUCUAGAUUGCUUGGAGAGGCUUGGUUUGGCAUGGAAGAUGAGUUUUUGGUGGUACCGAGUAUCGGUGUGGAGGAGGAGCCAACGCAUUCUACGGUGUCUAGGAGAUCUGCAGCUCGUACUCGUCGUCGACCUCUCAGAACGGUCACCUUAAGCCACGUUACUCACCGCAUGCGAGUAAUGGGUGAUUAUGUCCUCGACGAUGAUUUCGAUGACUCUUAUGAGGCACUCAUGGCGUUGACGCAGCACGUUGGGCCGGUCAAACGAGGGUGUUCACAAAAGAGUUUGGAAGAGCUGCCGUCUGGCACUUACAAGGAGUUUUCCGAGGGGGCUACUGAGAAAGUUGUGGGAGACAAUGGCAAUUGCGCCAUUUGCUUGGAAGAUUAUCAGCCCGAAGAUGCUUGCAUGAAGCUGCCUCGAUGCUCACACUUUUAUCACAAGGAUUGCGUCAAGGAAUGGCUCAAGUCGGCAAAGACGUGCCCAGUCUGUCGAGAAACCGUCGAGGGAGCGCCACGUUCAGAGAGUUCACCUGCUCGUCGUCCUUCAUUUCUGCCACGGCCCCGUGCCCGUGAUGCUGUGAUUCAGCGCAUUUGGGACGAGACGACAGCUGCACAGCCGGGUCCAUCGACCGUUACACCUCGUCGCUCUGCAGCUCGCCGCCGUAUGACAGAGGACAUCUCCGUAGAGCAAGGAGCAGAUCUCGCUCGACAAAGUAGGCGCGAUCGUGCACCUCGUCGCAUUAGUCGACCUGCCCCUACUCUGGGAGAGUAUGAUGACCCAUGGCCUGGAUUCUCUCCACCAUCCCCCGAGCCUUCGUUUGCCCUUCACGCUGGUCCGACAAUGGCCACGCACACCACGACCACUGAAACGUCUGCUCGCUUCAUCCGGGGUCCUCUUGCACAAGCAUUGAGAGAAACAUCGGAUCUUAGGCUUCGUUAUUGA